UCAGUGCCGUUUGAUCCCUCACGCAUGCGCAGAGGUGACCAGAGAUCUGCAGAGGUGAGCGUUUUACUGUACACCUGUCGGCAGUGGAGAUCUGUGUACCAGCACUGUGAGAGAGACGGGCACGAUUCCAAUACAAGAGGUGGCCAAUUUCAUAGACACAUGGAGCUAAUAGGAUCCACUCAGACGGCCACUUACGCUCGGCCAAAGACCAGCCACUUCCUGCCAGCCAUUUCCACUACAGCAUCCAGUUAUAGAAGCCACCAACCAGCGCUGACCUUCAACCAAACUUCAAACAUGCCCUGGAAAACCAACACUUACUUUAGGACCGGCAGUGCAAUACCCACCGUAUCAGCCCUCCAAAGAGAAAACCUGGACCUGGUCCGGGCCAAGACCAUGUUUUACCCCUCAAACAGAACGGCUCUCAGCACACGCUACAUGCCUGAUGAUUGGUACAAAUCCAACCACAGUAACUACAGGGAGUCGGAAUCCUCCCGGAACAGCGCGGAGAGGCUGCGGAGAGACACGAUCCGGUUGAUCCAGGAUAAAGACCAGCUGACCCGCAGAACCCAGGAGACCACCAGUAAGAACAUUGGAGAAAGACUAAACAACAUCAGCUUUUGGAGGUCGGAGCUCAACCAUGAGAUCGACAACAUGGUGACGGAGAUAGCAGCAUUGACCGAUGUCAAAAGGAGAUUGGAACGAGCUCUCGCUGAGACGGAGAGUCCGCUGCAGGUGUCUCAGGAAUGUUUGUUCCACAGGGAGAAACGGAUGACCAUUGACCUGGUUCAUGAUGACGUGGAGAUCGAUUUAAUUAAGGAGGUGGAGGUUAUAAAGUCAUGUCAGGAGAGAAUGAGAAGACAUUUAGAGAGAGCCAUUGCUCAGCUAGCUUCAAACCGUGCUGCCCAGCAUGAGCUGGAGAGAGAUUUGAGCGAUAAGUUGACAGCACAGAGAAUCGAUGACAGGUGUCACCACCUCAGAAACACAUCUGACGGAAUCAGUUACUACAGAGGAAUCGAUCGCCUGGACCCAUCUAUCAGUCUUCCAGACACCUGGUCCAAGUUCACUGAUGACAACAUCCUUCACUCUCAGAGUGAACGGGCCGCAUCUCACAGACUUCGUGAUGAGAUCGAGAUUCUGCUCAACGCCACUUCCAACGAGAUGUGGAACCAGUUUAACGCCGCAAACGUGUCCUUUACCAACCGUAUCUCUGAAACAGCAGAUGCCAAAAACAAUUUGCAGGCACACCUGGCCAAGACCCUUCAGGAAAUCUUCCAGACUGAAAUGCUAAUCGAGGCUCUAAAAAAGGCGAUCCGAGACAAAGAGAACCCGCUUAAAGUCGCCCAGACUCGUCUGGAAGAAAGAUCUCGCAGACCUAACGUCGAACUGUGCAGGGACAACCCUCACCACAGGUUGAUCACUGAAGUGAGGGAGAUUGAAGACACUGUUCAGAAGUUGAAAGGAAGAUUAAUGGAGGCGGAGAACACUCUGCAGAACUUGGUGAAGACGAAGGUCGUUCUGGAGUACGACCUGUCGGUGAAAGCCAACUCUAUGUUUCUGGAUCAGGAGAAGUGCAUGAGUAUGAGGAAGAGCUUUCCCAGCACGCCUCGCUUGAUCGGAUAUACCUAGAUCUUCAAGAACCUCGUCUUAAUUCUGCUUCAAUCGUGGCCAGUUUGGUGUACCAAAUCUAAAUCUAAAAUCAAUCUGUCGAAUGUUGUGGACGUUUAUAA